GCUGCAGACCUCUGACUUCUUCCCAAUAACUUGAAGAGGUGCCAAAGAAGUGCGUGCGGACAACCAAGCAGUGCGCGUUUUCCCUCUGUCUCUCUGAGUCAAGUAUUUGGAUUUGGCAAAUCAAAGUAUUUCAACCAUUUUUAUAGCUGGUUGGUUUUACUUUCUUUCAUUUUGUGAUAUUAUAUUUUUCUUAUUAAUAAAAACACUCUUAGCCACUUGCAUGGGAUUACGACAUCUCAUCAAUGAAGUCCGGCAUCAGUUUUAAACAGACCGUUCUCUUUUAGAAGAACAAGCAGGUGACCGACGAAUUUAAGAUGACAAAUUUGAUUGUUUUUAUUCUGUCAUUAUCAACGUGUCUGUCUGUGGUAAGUGUGACACAACAGUACUUUUAUUUUAUAUUUCGUUUUUAUGCGUGGUGAUCAAAAUGCGCACAAGGAUGCAUCUCAGAGAAUGGCUUUCUAAUAGGCUACUUGAAACUAUGAACUAUAAUUCAUAUAAAGAUAUAAUAGAAAUGUACCUCAAAUGUGUGGCAUUAUGAUUGAUGCAUUUGAUAAGAGGCUUUUGUCCAUAUAGGGUAUAGGCAGCUGAACAGUGUACACUACUGUGUUGUAAUUUAUUACACCAUAUUGCUCUCUGCAGUCUACAGAAGUUCAGCUCUUGAUUCAAGCAGCAUUUUUCACAGUCCAAAGAGAUAUGGGAUCAUUUCACAUAGCUGUAAUGAAUAGGGUUGUGCUCUUCAAACCAUCAAGAUCCCAUUUUGCCAUAAUGCUGACAUUGGAGUUCCCUCUUCCCUUUUUAUCCACUGUACAGGUCAAAUUCUAGACUAGGUCAUUUAAUCUUUCAGCUAACUAGCAUCCUCAUGAUCUACCCCUCAAGGACUGCUCUGAAUGGACCAUAGAUAUAGUUAGAGGACACAACAUUGUAUCUGUCGCAUUAUGGCGUCUGUGAGAGCAUGGGCAGCUCCAUUGAGGUAAUCUCCAUUUUUUUUGUUUUUAUACUUCUAUAGAUGGGUUAGCUGACAAUGUCACGAAAAUAAUGUGCAUGCUUCAAUGGGGAAGAAGUAUGUGUGUUGUUGUGAUUCUGGAUGGCCAGAAUGCUAGCAACAAUGACAAGAAGCUGCCAUGUGGGGAAUUGUAGGUCGCUCGUUUCAGCUAGUUUGAUCUUGUUCUUGAUACCAUGUCUUGUUUUGAGGUGAGUUGACUGAUGUCAAGUCUAUGCCAAUAUGGCCAAAAUUCACUAGCUAGCUAACCAACAAUGUAUUUGAGAGACAAGUGCUCAUUGUGAAAAUGUAUUUAUGUUUUCAAUAAACAUUGGAAACGAAAUAUAGUUUACAAUUUGUCAACAAUCUAAGCCAACCCCUUCUGUUUUGCCCCAUAGUUGAAGACACAUCAGUUUUGUUGCUAAACAACCAGCCCGUCUAUGAGUUGGUAAAAACAACUGAAAUGGUGCAUACUGACACCUGGAGUGUGUUGUUUGAACAGGUAUAAAGCCAGGUUGUUGAGUUACUGCCACCACAAUAGAAUGUUAGCACACAAGUAUAAUUCCUUGGCUGAUCCCUCCUGAUGACCUGGAUGGAAUUAUGUGAUCCUUCCUAAACCCAUAGGAAGUCCCACCCAGUUGACUACUUGAAAAUGGUGAAAGUCCUCAAUGGCGCUGCCCAUGCUAAAACCGACUUUUGGGCACUAGAGUCCUCUAUCUAUCUCUAUGGAAUUUACCCAUUCAAUGCUGUGCCUAUGUUGGCUUUGCCCCCAAUGUGUGGCAGAGUGAUCGGGACACAGGUGUGAAUGGGGGUCUGGUCCCAUAGUGCAUCUAAUGAGCUUUUACCCAUCAGAACAAGAGAUAGCAGCUGUUCAGUGUCUGUUUGACGCAGUGUAUUCUGAUGUAAUGAUGUGACUCAUGUGAGAGUCAUUUACCUACAAAUACUCUUGCUGUUAACCUCACAACAAUACACAAAAAGGUGGAAAUUAGAAGCCAUAUAGAUUAUAUGGCAGAACCCCUCUCACACAAGAUGUUAAACUCUGAAAACUGGAGUAAAAUAGGACUGUCUGCUGUCUGCAUGGUCUAACAGUCUAGACUAUUACAGAUUUUUCUCAAACCCUAUUAUAGUGCUUUUUACUUUGCUUGAAGGCACACUUAAUAUGGGUCACCUGAAACACGCCAGACUUCACCAUCUGAUUAGGCAAGCAGAUCCCAACAGGUUCUUCUCUAUAGCACACUGGUAACCUGAGUGCCAGUCUGUUUGUGCUAUCAUGCUAACAACUUGUCACUCAUUGUCAUGCUGUUUGGCUUCACAAUGACCAAUGGUGUUGGCAAAAGCACAAACAGAUCUGGGACCAGGCUAGCACACUGGUAGCUAAUAUGCUGCAAUGCACCUCAGGCAUGUUCAGUGUCUGUAGCACACAGGUGCUCCUAUCUGUUUAAAACAUGCUGUAGCGAGACCUCAUGCACCCCAGCCUAUGCACCUUUUGGUUUGGUAUGGUGCCAAUGUGCUUGAUACAAAUAGGGCAAAACUGGAGAGUCUAUCAUCACAUAGUGCUAGAGGGCAGCACUAUUUGCCAGUACAAAUGAACCCCCUCUCUCAAAAUAAGUUGAAUAUUUUGUGUAUUUCUUGUCAUUUCUCCUCCACCAAUCUGAUGAAAGCAGAGUUUUCUCUGGAUAUUGGAUUUAGCAAAUCAGCAAAUAAUCAUUAAUUUAUCACAUAUUAAUAUGGGUUAUAUAGAAAUCCAACAAGUACAGUAGCUGCUGAGAAUGUUGACGUAAUUUGUAUGUACACCCCAUCUCUCUACAGUGGAGUCAUUUCAUAUAAAAACUUUAGCACUGUAUGUUGAGGCACGUACAGAAGCUCUUAAUAAUAUAGCCUGUCUAUCUAUACAGUAUGUAUUCAUGUUUAAUACAACACAGAGUGCUUACUUUGUAAUCCAUGAAAUGGAGGACAUAUUGUACUGUACAGAAAUACCUAUCUGAGCAUCAUUUGAAUGUGCUGUCUGUAAGCAGCUACAAAGAUCAUUUCAAAAUCAGACCUAAUUUAGUAAUAGGCCUUCUCUAUUCAUUUCUAAAUAAUUAGCAGACUCUCAUGAUUAUCCUGUACUUCUAAAGAUCCCAAUCAGCAGAUCAUGAUCAACAGCUGCCUAGAUGUGCAAGUGUCCUGUACAUGACAUGACAGCUAAUUGAAAUGGUUGCUGAUUGCAAUGAAACGUCCUUGACUCUCAAGUAUAAAGCAUGUUGGAAUCGUCAAACACUAAGUCAGUCUGUCUCAUUCAAUAGUCAGUGCCUUCUAAUCUCAUCUCAUUGUGCUUUACAAAAGCAAGUCCCAUGCCGUCUCAGGUCAAUGUGAAUUAUGAAAUAGUAAGGUCUAGCUACUGCCUUUCAUUGAAUGAAUGACUAUUAUGUCACAGAUUUAAUACGGUAUGUGCCAAAUCAGUAUGAUUAGUGUAAAGCUGCUAUGUACCAGUCCUGGAUUCACAAGUCCAUCUGGCUAUAGACAGAUAAACCGUUUACAGAGCAUCUCUGGACACAGAUUCAUCUGUUAGGGGAAAGUGAUAAACAUUAGGGAUUUAUUUGAUAUUAUUGUAUGAAUCAUAUACUGGAAUAGGAAUCAAAACAUAUUUUUGGAUAGAGGAUGAUUAAAAAAAAAGCUGUGAAGUUUGUUUAUGCAUAAGAAGUGCAAAGGCUUACUGUGUGUCCCCAGUGCUUCAGUGUUUUUAGCUUUAUUAGUUACAAAUCAGCUGUGGGGUAUAGUAAUAGCAGCUUAAUACAUUUCAUAUCAAAAUGUUAGGCUCUCACAUUUUAGCCUGAAGGUCUGCGUUGAGUUGCAUUUACUAAGAUGUCUUACGUACUAAGAUGUCUUACAUACUCUGCACUUCCUCUCUCUCUCUCUGACGGAAUACUAGGAAUUAAUCAGAGCAAUAUCUUGUAUGUAAUGUGUGUGUACCACAAUUUGGUGGAGCAAAGAAGCGUUAAAAAUACAUUCGCUUUAGCAAAACAUACAGGAGAUGGGAUUGCUGCUGCAUUAACAUAUCUGUAGCCACACACGUUAGUGUUGUGUCCCGAAUGGCACCCUAUUCCCUAAAUAGUGCACUAAAUAGUGCCCUUUAAAGGGAAUAGGAUGCCAUUAGGGACGGAGCCUAGUUGUAACGGCCUAGGCGACGGUUGGUGAACCCAGUAAUUAGUGGUGAGUGUUGUGUGCAGCUUCAUUUAAAAGGCCUUGUAGCCUACUGGGAGUGGGUCAUUGACUCUGUCUCAGAGAUAGACGCUCCCACCACUGACCUGACAAUCACUGCCAUUUUGGGGCGAAACUGUGAGAGUCCCGGGUGUGAGAGUCAAUAUCUCCUCUCUCACUGCACACUCAUGAAAGGUAGGAGUGCCCUCAAUGCCCUUCCAAGCCAGCCAAGAGAAACAUUCUGCUUCAAGUGCGAUGUACAGUGCCUUGCAAAAGUAUUCAUCCCCCUUUGGUGUUUUUCCUAUUUUGUUGCAUUACAACCUAUAAUUUAAAUUGAUUUUUAUUUGCAUUUCAUGUAAUGGACAUAUACAAAAUAGUCCAAGUUGGUGAAGUGGAAUGACAAAAAUAACUUGUUUCAAAAAAUUUGAAAAAAUAAAUAACGGAAAAGUGGUGCGUGCAUAUGUAUUCACCCCCUUCCCUUUGCUAUGAAGCCCUAAAUAAGAUCUGGUGCAACCAAUUACCUUCAGAAGUCACAUAAUUAGUUAAAUAAAGUCCACCUGUGUGAAAUCUAAGUGUCACAUGAUCUGUCACAUGAUCUCAGUAUAUAUACACCUGUUCUGAAAGGCCCCAGAGUCUGCAACACCACUAAGCAAGGGGCACGCUCAGGUUUUCUGUUUUAUUGUCUUAUUUCUUGUUUGUUUCACAAGAAAAAAUAUUUUGCAUCUUCAAAGUGGUAGGCAUGUUGUGUAAAUCAAAUGAUACAAACCCCCUAAAAAUCAAUUUUAAUUCCAGGUUGUAAGGCUUUCAAAAGCCACUGUAGUUUCUUUGGAUGUGUCUUCGACUAUGAGUGUAGUGUAGUUCUGUGUGUUUGCCUUAGAAGAGUCCGGAAGUCAUAUUAGUCAUUGCCUGUGUUCCAAACAGUACCCUUUUCAGUAUUUACACUGUCCUACGUAUUUAUUUGGACAGUGAAGCUAAAACGUUUAAUUUAGCUCUGUACUUCAGCAUUUUGGAUAUAGCCCUUUCCUGCAGUCAAUGAUCAAAAGUGACCUCUUUGGCCUCAUGGAUGGAAUGUUGUUAAUAUUUUUCAUAAUUUCAUAAUUAAUAAAGAUUAUUUCCAGUUUCCAUUUAGUGUAAUAUUAGGAUGCAAACUCAAAAUUGAAUAAAUCUCAACUGUAUAUCUGACAUGGUACAGAUGUCUUCUUAUUUUUAAGCCCCCAACCAUGUGUGUGAGGUGUAUACUUUUGUUUCAAAGUAGAUUUGUUUGACUACCAAGAAAACACUCUGUGUGACCCUGAUUUAGCCCACUGCAGUAAAAGGUUAUGGAUAAUCAUUAAUGAAUCGUGAGUAAUGAUGAAUGAGAAAGUUACAGAUGCACAAAGAUCAUGCCCCAAAGACAUGCUAACCUCACCAUUACAAAUAACCAGGGAGGUUAGCAUUUUUGGGGGUGGUAUGAUAUUUAUGCCUCUAACUUUCUCACUCAUCAUUAUUAACGAUCCAUUCAUGAUUAUCCGUAAUCAUGGUAGCAUCCACAUUCAUGUAGAAGUGUUCAGAAACAUUAUAUUCUUAUUUACAAUAAAUGUGACUCCAAAAUGACACAAUACAUUAUUAUCCAUUCAUUUCUAUUGGGCACAACAUAAUCUGAAACAACCAAAACAAACUGCAAAUGCAUACAACAAGUUUGUAGAGUCACAAACUAGAUGUAGUCAUUGCGUGCUAGGAAUAUGGGACCAAAUACUAAACUUCUGACUAAAUGUAAUACACUAUAAGUGAUUUUUUUUCUAAAUACUUGACACCUUCAAAUUGGGGGACUAGAUAUAUGUAAAGUGCUUUAAUUUCUAAACGGUAAAACAGAUAUGUAUGAACAUACCCUCAAAUGAAAUGUGACAUUCUGUACUGUUGCUUCAUAUUUGAUCUCAAAUCCAAAAUGCUGGAGUAUAGAGCCAAAUUAAUAGUUUUAGCUUCACUGUCCAAAUAAAUAUGUAGGGGAGAGUAGUAUACUACUUUUGACCUGGGCCCAUAGGGCUCUGGUCAAAGGUAGUGCACUAUGUAGGGAAUAGGGUGCCAUUUUGGAUGCAGCAUUUAGUUCCCAUUGACCCAGUGCGAGGUCUCUUCCGCUUGGUGCCCCCGAUUGCUUGUUAACGCUUCUGACAAUGCUACUUGGUGCCGUGUGUGUGUGUGUGUGUGCCCCCUGAGACGUGCUCUCUGUGGCACACAGUGUGUAUCUCGCCCUUUCUGUCACAUGCCACUUGUUUCUCCUGGCAGGGAUUGGGUCUGUUUAGCAGAAAAAGACUAACGUGAAACAACAGUUCAUUCUGAUGUUCAGUCUGUUUUCAGGCCACUCUCUUCCUGCAGCACACCUCACAAUGGCACACUGCCCAGUUUGACUAUUUUGUUCUUCACACUCAGGCCAUCAUCCCUUUUCUCUGCACUUGAAUCCUCCAGAAAAGGGCUAACGUGGUUCACACCCACACUGAUGCACACUCACUCACACACAAUGUCAACACACAGCCAAACGUACUGUACGUCAUCACAUAUGUGUGAAACCCUUUAGGGCUCUAGGGAACGUAUACAGUUCCCAUUUAGGAUGCUGAAGGUGUUUGUUGAGGAAUUCCCUACUGCAAUAUCUCCCAAAACCACAUACUAACACUGGUUAUUUAGUGUGCAACUUCAUGAUGCGUAAACAUAUUGGUUAUUCUAUCCAUCUUCUCCAUUUACUCAUGGGAAAAGUUUUGUGAUUUCUCACCUAUUUAUUCUACCUCUAAUGGGAAUCUCUCUCCUCCAGUAAAACUUCUCAUUUAUUUAUUCAUUCAUUCAUUCUCUCUCUCUCUCUCUCUCGCUCUCUCUCUCAACUAACCUAUGUAGUUAGGAAGGUGGUGUUAUCAUGAACUGCUGUGUCAUUUAAAAACAUAAAAUAAAUGUAUUUAAAACAUGAUCUGAUUUAUGUGAUGUAUAACAGCUAAUGGGAUAACCUGUCCCUGAUAUUGUGGAUGUCUUGUUUUAUGUCUUGUUCACUGGUGUUUCCCUGCAUUCUGCUGCUUAAGAAAAUAUAUGAUGUCCUGCGAAAAACUAAUUGAAUCUACAACGUAAAUUAACUACACCUUUCUUUCUACUAUACAAUUGAUCUCUUUUAAUAUGAUCUCAAAAUACGAGUCAAUUGAAGUUAAUCAAACUUAUAUUGCAUUUUUUUUUUGUUAGGUGAGUGGAAGACAUCCAACAUGUAACUUCCUCCUGGAGCUUGAAACAGACCAGGAAGAAUGUCUUGUGAAGCUGAGGGACCAAGAACCUUCAAAUUACUCCAAAGGUGACAUCACAGAAUAUUUUGAUUUCACAUUCAUCUCGCCUCAUCAGACAGGAUAAACCAUGGGUUGCAAAUAGAUUUCUGAAUAUUUUGGGAAUUGAAAGAUUACAAGCUACAUAGAUUUUUAUGUCACCCAAUUAAAUCACAUUUAUUAAACUUUUAAAAGAAAAUAUGAAAUGCCACCUAUUCAAGUGCCUUUGAAAAGUAAAUGUCAAAUUAUAUGAAGACUUUUAGUAGUUUUACAGUGUUUCCUAGUCCAGAUAAGCCCCACAACUCAGAUUGUGACCAGAAACCUUUGAUUUAUUGCCACUUUCCAUUAAAAUCUGAAUAGCUUGCACUUUAGCUAUCUUGAAGUAAAUGUUGUACAUAGUGAACGUUCUACAACUCAUGCUUAUGAGCAUUCUCUCUAUAAUUAGGGGUUCAAGCCAGCGAAGCUGGGUGAAACCCUAUUGUAUUUGUUGACGUUCAUUAUUAUUAUUAUACCGGUUGUUCUUGCGAGGAAAUGUAACAUGCAAAUUCCUGUGAGAUGGUAAGGCCGAGGAGGGUGCAACUUCACAUGUUGGUAAAGGCCCAUAGUCCACACCCUCUCAUGCGAUGCCAUGCCAAUUGGCCACAAGGUGGCGCUAUAACAGGCGAUUGAAAUUGCAAAUUUCGGUCCAGCGGUUCUGAAGAAGAAGACAUUUAAAGUAGUCAACAUCAUUACAAUUGGUCCAAAAUACAUUAAAGGCAUAUUGCAUGAUCUGUUUGAUGUUUUAGUUCUGAUAUUUGGCAAGCAUGGAAAGGAUUACAGAAGUAGCUCAUCCUAGGGCAAUGUGUCGAGUUUGUCCUGAUGGUGGCACAAUGGGCCCACAACUUGAACCCCGGCAUUUCUGCUUGCAGUUAUAAUAAUAAUAAUUAUUAUUAUUAUACUAAACUUUAUGCCUGGCAGCCCCACCAUGCUGCCGACUCACUAUAUUGACACUUUACUGUGAGUUAUAACCAAGGUUGUGCUACAUAAAUUAAACUAAUUGGAUGAAGAAUUACUGUGAGGUGUCAAGGGAAUUAGUGUACGUUAUCAAAGACAAGAGAACGUGUAUAGUUUAGUUGAAAUUAUACAUUAUUUCGCAAUGUAACUUUUGUCUUCUUUCACCAUAACAUGAGCAUAGGUAUAAAGCAGUUCUUAUUGACAAUAUUAAGUAAAAUAUGCAUUGAAAGUACCCAGUUACUCCAGGAACAGAUCAUUUUUCUGAACAUAAAAUUACAUAAGAGAACAAUUUGAUUUCAUUUGACUUAAUUAUUAGGUGUAUGCCUUUAUGUAUUUUUCCUACCAUGUGACGUUCUAUUUUGUAUUCCUUCAAUAAUAUCUCAAUCUCAAAACCUGACCAAUGUAUGUUUCUGAGCCUUGCUUGUGUGUACUGUACUGUAAAAUUGAUAUAUUUUAUGCUAUCAAGCAGGCACCUUCACCAAAGCGAUUUACAUCAGUGAGUGCAUACAUUUUCAUAUCGGUGGUCCUACGGGGAAUUGAACCCACGACCAUGACGUUGCUAGCGCCAUGCUCUUACCAACUGAGCCAACUGUACCAUGGAAGUAUAGAGAGCAUCCAGGUCAAUAAUAAAGGGAGCAGGGAUUUCAUGCAUCAGUUACCCUGGUAUUGGAAUGAAGCCAUGCUUAAUGCAAAUCAAUAAUUGAUUUGUUCUUGUUGUAUAGCCCAAUGUGAUUAUGAAACAUUUCUGUUUUUUUAUUUUUAUUGAUUAGCGCCAGUGCGCACUGUGGGUGGCAAUGUACUCAACAGUAUCAUCUAAAAGUGUGAUACAGUACAGUACUGCCAUUAUCAUACAUUGAAUCACAGUUAUAAAGAUACCAUACAGCAAGCAGGAGCUGCACUUGAAAUAAUAUAAUUGUGUGUGUCCCAAAUGUCACUCUGUUCCCUACAGUGCACUACUUUUGACCAGAGCCCUGUGCACUAUAAAGGGAAUCGGGUGCCAUUUGAAACGCAGCAGGACACACAUUAUACCACUCAUGUGGGUCACAUCAUGAAUAUGUAUUUUUUUUUUUUUUUUGUCUGUGUGUCACAAUUUUGUUUUCAUUGAAUUAUUUCUGUCUGAUGUUAGUUAAUAUGUUUAUUUUGAUAGAGCUGGCUACAUUGUUUACUGGUGGGGCUACGUUUUACUGAGCUUAGGCCUAAGCGCUCCAUUUUUGCCACUAAGUUGCUAAAAAGGGUUUGACUGUUUUAAGUCUGCCCUUGGCACUUUCACACCCUUUUGUUUCAUAACAAGCUAUUUCAGGAGUCAUGUUUCAGAGAAAGGCUUUCUCAGCCGUGGCCGUCCUCCUGACAUUGGUGAAACAAAUAGAUUCACACAUUUAGCCACUUUCACUCCCACACAGAGAAUCUAUCAUAUUGUUCCAACCACCAGUAGCGUAAUGGACUACCAUUCAUUCUGAAAGAGCCUACUGUAUAGUGAAGUGUAUAUUGUGCAUACACUACUGAAUGUACAGUAGGUGAGCAUUGAUCAUAUACAAUAAUUAUAUGAUGCUAUCCAUAAAAUGAACAACCUAUAGAGCAGGGCUCUCCAACCCUGUUCCUGGAGAGCUACCGUCCUGUAGGUUUUCACUCCAACCCUAAUCGAGCACACCUGAUUCUAAUAAUUAGCUGGUUGAUAAGCUGAAUGAGGUGAGUUACAACUGGGGUUGGAGCGAAAACCUACAGGUGGGUAGCUCUCCAGGAACAGGGUUGGAGUGAAAACCUACAGGAGGGUAGCUCUCCAGGAAAAGGGUUGGAGCAAAAACCUACAGGAGGGUAGCUCUCCAGGAACAGGGUUGGAGCGAAAACCUACAGGAGGGUAGCUCUCCAGGAACAGUGUUGGAGAACCCUGCUGUAGAGUGUAUGGUCUUGAAUCACCUAUGGCAGAAGUACAAUUUCAACAGUUGCAUAAGGCAAAGUUAUGAUAAACAACCAACUGUUUUAUUUAUUUAAAUCAUUGUAUUUUUCUAAGACACUGCUGUCUGAUCUCUUGACAGGAGUAGGAUGCAAAGCGAUCUGGGAUAACAUAGCAUGUUGGGACCGUGCAGAGGUUGGAGAGACUGUCACUAGAGAGUGCCCCAGGGUGCUCAAGAUGUUCUUUGGCAGAAAUGGUACAGUAUUGUCAUUUCUCAUACAUUAAUUUCGAUAUCAAUGUCAAAGUCACAUUUCUGGAUGUUUUUGUGGGAGUGUUCUGUUCUCAAACCCCACAUUCAAAGGGUAGUUUGAGAUAUUCCUCAAGCAAUGUUCUGUACGUUUUUUUCGGGUUAGAGCUUACGCCAUGUUCGGGCUUUGGAUUCACACCAGACCCAUGUUUCUCAUUUCACAGAAUUACCGAGGUGUACAGACCAGUGUAAUGUAGAUGUUCUACCUUUCGAGUACAUUGAAAGCCAGGGACAAAAAUGGCCCCCAAGUUUAUAUCGUUAUUUUUUAUAAACUGUGGCACUGAAACAUGGUGAAUUGCACUAAGCAAGGUUCAGAGAAUGAUCUGUUCUGCACUGCAUGGAUUAGAGGCAAAAUGAAUCACGUCUGCUCACUCCAUAAUCUCCAAUGGCCCAUGUGGCAGACUAGGAUGCUGUGGAGCUCUCCACCUUCCCAUCAGUCUGGACGAAUCUGCACUGACACGUCAUUCAUUAUAAACUAAUUACCCAGACAAAAAGGAUGAUAAAUGAUGCAUUAUACUGUUAGAUUAUUGGAUUCACUUGAAGACAGGUUCCAGUCCUAUGAUGAACGCCCCACAUUCAAGAUACACUACAUGACCAAAAGUAUGUGGACACCUGCUUGUGGAACAUCUAAUUCCAAAAUCAUGGGCAUUGAUAUGAAGUUGGUCCCCCCUUUGCUGCUAUAACAGUCUCCACUCUUCUGGGAAGGCUUUCCACUAGAUGUUGGUACAUUGCUGCGGGGUACUUGCUUCAAUUCAGCCACAAGAGCAUUAGUGAGGUCGAGAGAGAGAGACCCAGACCAUUAUUCCUCCUCCACCAAACAUUACAGUUGGCACUAUGCAUUUUAUACACCUGUCAACUACCGGUGUGGCUGAAAUAGCCGAAUCCACUAAUUUGAAGGGGUGUCCACAUACUUUUGUCUAUAUAGUGUACAUCUGAGUUAAAACUAGCUGUGUGAAAUUGAUAAGGACGAGUUGGGCAUGUAAAUUGGCUUGGAAUACUUUUUGUAACAGAAACCUCUGGGGAGCCCUAUAGCACCCGUCAAACCUAUGACUAGGCAGGCUGCUGUGGCAGGGUCUGUGUAGAGUAUACUAAUGGAGUGCGACAUGCUCAUUCCGAUCACAGAAGUGGAGAAAGAAAGAAAGAGGCCUGUGGUUAUACAUAGUGUGUGGCAAAGUACAUUACAGAACAUUGCACACUGGGUUCAGGCACUGCCAUCGGUUGCGUCCCAAAUGGCACCCUUUAACUUAUAUAGUGCACUACUUUUGACCAGGGACGAUAAGACUGGUCAAAAGUAGUGCACUAUGUGAGGAAUAGGGUGCCAUUUGGGAUGCAAUCAUCGUUGUCUCCUCGAGAAUAACACAGAGAGAAUAAACACAGUCUCUCACAUCCUCUGUUCCGCUUACAUUCUCCCCCUGCCCCUGUCUGUCCCUGCCACAGAGCAGAGCACACUCCAGACGUUUAUAUCUCCAGACGCAUUCUCUCAUCUAGACCUCUGUGGAAUGCCAAACCCAAGAGAAGAAACACAUUCAAUAUUCAACCGACUAAGUUGAAGGCUCCUUUGAAUCAAGCAUUGAACGAUGAUUGUUCUUCCCAGAGUGAGAGGUUUUUGUGAAAAACCAAUCUCUCAAAAUUACAUCUAUUUGCCCUUGAAAAGACUGUCUGAAUGUCUUUUAAAGGCCCAGGGCAGUAAAAAUUCAGUUUUCCUGUGUUUAAAAAUAAUAAUAUUGUACAACAGCUGAUGAAACUAACACUGUUAAAGUGUGAAAAAAGUGGAUCAGUGUUUUCCUGAUAGUUGCUGGUUGAAAAUACAAUCUACACAGGACUUUCUAAUCAGCAGGUUUGCAUGGGUGGGAGUUUCUGCUUGCUGGGUGACAUCACCAGGCGGUAAAUUGGUUAAUAGACCAAUAACAAAGAGAGUUCCAAACGUCUCUGCCAAUAACAGCUUGUUUUCAGUUUUCCCCUCCCCACUCAGACCACUCCCAGACAGUCCUUGCAAAAUUCUUGCUUGAGAAAUAGUUUUUUGCUAAAAAGCUAUUUUUGUCAGUUUUAAUGGAAAACUAUUACAGUACGGUACUUAAUUGUUACCCAGAAAUGAUUUGAUAUUGAUAUAAAACAGUCUUUAAUAUAUAUGAUAACACUGUAAACAAGAGCCUGACGAAUUAAACUUUAAUGGAAGCCAUCAUCUGUCAUGUUCAAAAUGGGAUCACAGCAAUUCACUUCAGGGUUGUGUGUGAAGCCAAUAUUUCAGUCAGCUUGAUUGGGCUUACUAUCUGUGAUAACAAUAGAAGAUAAUCUUGGCUAAAAAAAAAUAUUUCAUCAAACUCAUCAGGGAAAUCAAAUCCCUGCAUCUACAAACAAACAAACAUGCUGCAUGUUUCUAAGACUAUGAUUUAUGAAAGGAAUAAUGGGUCUGGAUAACCAUUUAUAAAGGUUUUAGAGAAGAGGCAAUAGAAACAUUUAACUGGCAAAAACAAUGUUUUUCUCCUAUCCACAGGAAACAUAAGCAAGAACUGUACAGCGGACGGAUGGUCUGAUGUUUUUCCCAACAUCACCAGUGUGUGUGGGGCAGAGGAAAAGCAUGAUAAGGUAAGCAGGGUGAUGUUCUUUAAGUUCUCGAUCUCUAUAUCUAUUGUCUCUCUAGUGUUGUAUCAUUAUUCACAGUUUGACCAAGAAACGACAUGGAAAUACAAUACAGUAGUCUAUCAGAUAUUAGAUAUUGCAAUGAAGGUGUUGAUACAUUGGACAUCAAAGAAAAUAACAAGACAAUGUUCUUGUGUGAUUGAUUUUCCAUUGUUUUAUAUUAUAUACUAUUUUGUUUGUGGUCUGAUUUCUGAGUGUGAAGGCCCUCAUGCUGAUAAUGAAAGCUAGCAGUAGAACACUUUGCUAAAUGCAUGGAAAUUCUGUCCUGGGUCUGUUUUGAUAGGGAAGGUGUACUGCAGUGUGUGUUUGUGUGCUAACUUCCACCUGAUGCCUUGAAAUACAGAUGAAACACAGGCACCUUAAAGGCUAAAUAAAACAUCCUGUUCACCAUGGCACCCAGCUGUCUCCUCAAUCUAAACAUUGUACCAUCUGUGUCCCAAAUGGCUCCCUAUUCCCUAUAGUGCACUGCUUUUGACCAGAGCCCUGUGGUGAAUAUGCUUGUGGAGUAACUGAAUACUGAAUACAUGUAUUAUUAUUAUUAUUAUUAUUAUAUUAUGUACAGUGAGGGAAAAAAGUAUUUGAUCCCCUGCUGAUUUUGUAUGUUUGCCCACUGACAAAGAAAUGAUCAGUCUAUAAUUUUAAUGGUAGGUUUAUUUGAACAGUGAGAGACAGAAUAACAAAACAAAAAUCCAGGAAAAGGCAUUGUCAAAAUUUUUAUAAAUUGAUUUGCAUUUUAAUGAGGGAAAUAAGUAUUUGAACCCCUCUCAAUCAGAAAGAUUUCUGGCUCCCAGGUGUCUUUUAUACAGGUAACGAGCUGAGAUUAGGAGCACACUCUUAAAGGGAGUGCUCCUAAUCUCAGUUUGUUACCUGUAUAAAAGACACCUGUCCACAGAAGCAAUCAAUCAAUCAGAUUCCAAACUCUCCACCAUGGCCAAGACCAAAGAGCUCUCCAAGGAUGUCAGGGACAAGAUUGUAGACCUACACAAGGCUGGAAUGGACGUGGUGAGAAGGUGACAACAGUUGGUGCGAUUAUUUGCAAAUGGAAGAAACACAAAAUAACUGUCAAUCUCCCUCGGCUUGGAGCUCCAUGCAAUAUCUCACCUUGUGGAGUUGCAAUGAUCAUGAUAACGGUGAGGAAUCAGCCCAGAACUACACGGGAGGAUCUUGUCCACUAUGAUGACACACCAAAUGUGUUUGAUGGAUCCUUUUUGUCUUCUUCUAGUGCCUCUUAAGGGGAAAGUAAUCUAAAUGUAACUGAAAGUAAUCUAUUUACAUUACUGAGUUUGGGUAAUCCAAAAAUUAUGUUACUGAUUACAAAUUUGGACAGGUAACCUACCCAACCCUGGUGGUGAAAAUUUGGGACGCAGACUCCGAGUUACUGUCAUCCUGGUUGGCCCACUACAGCAGAUGUUAAUAAGAGGCCAAGCAAGUAGCAACAAUGAACUAGGAGUAGAAAACAUGAAGAAGACUGAUGAUUCAUACUGCUAUUCCACUGCCCAAAAUUUUAUCAGAGAUGAGCCCUGAAAAAGGGCAAUCAAACUCACGAAUGACCCAUUCAUUUAAGGUAAUUUAAAUAAUACUCCCAACCAGGGUUGGGUAGGUUACUUUGUAAAUGUAAUCUGUUACACUUACUAGUUAUCUGUCCACAAUUGUAAUCAGUAACAUAAUCUGAUUACUUUAGGAUGACUUUCCCCUUAAGAGGCAUUAGAAGAAGACAAAAAGGAUCCAUCAAACACAUUUGGUGUGUCAUCAUAGUGGACUCCCUCAGGUGGAACAAAUGUAAACUUGUGCCUUUUUUUCAAUGCUGAAUUGAAUGUCAUUGAGAAAACAAAUUUUUUCACAAGCAUCCUUUCUGAAAAAAUAAAUCCAAGGAAUUUCAAAAGUAUCUGUAAUCAGAUUACAAUCGUUUGCUGGUAACGUUGCUGAAUACAGUUCGUUUUUUUGUAAUCAGAUUACUUGCAACCCUGCUCCCAACACCAGUAAUUCUCAUUUGACAUACUGACUGAAGUAAAAUUGCUGGCCACGAUUCCCUCCCAUUCACUUGUUUUAUUCAGAUUGGGGCAAUAUCAAUACCUUGAAUAGCCUAUUGUGAUUGCUUUCUCUCUCUUCUAUUGGAGGUUAUCCAAGAUGCGCCUCUGGUCUGGAUCACAGGGCCAUCGUUGGCACUCUGCUGAUCUCCAUCUGAAAAAAAGAACUCCUACUUUCCUAAAUAUUAAAUAUACUGAAAGGUUUUCCUUUAGCUGUGUGGCCAUUAAUCCGUGAAAUUCGACAACUACUCUCACCCAAGCCUUUCCCCCUGUCCGUUUGUGUUAAGGCCAAGUCCAGUCUUUCGGAAAGGUAAAUUAAUCUUCUCACUAUGAAAAAUAGAUAGGAACACAUGUUUCCUCAAUUACUUGUUUCACACCUAUAGUUAAUACGUUUUGGGCUGCAACUAGUAGUGAAGCCAGGAAUUCUUGAAAGUGGUGGAGUGGCAAGAAGUACCAAAUGAUGCCCCCUGCCAUUACCAAUAUAGUGCAAGCUCUUUGGGACCCUGCCUUUGGGAUGUAACCUCUAGCCUGAGUGCCAGUCUGUUUGUGCUAUCAUGCCAACUCCUUGUCACUCAUUGUUCUGUUUGGCUUGACAAUAACAGCAAUGGAGUUGGCAUGAGCACAAACAGAUCUGGGACCAGGCUUUGUAACCUCAACUUUGGCUGGAUAACCUUUUCUUAUAGUUGUAUUUGAAGAGGAGUUAUGAUGUUCAUGGAUGUGUGAUGUUCAAACCUACUCUAACCUUAAUAUAUAUUUUUGAGGCCGAAAGUGUGAUAUCUCAUUGACAUUCUUGCUAAAGCAAUUAUCUAAGUUUGACAGUAUAUUAGGUUUUGUCUAUCAUAUACAGUACAUCAGAUGCAUGUUGUGUGUCCUCUAAAGGCAAUUUACUAAGAACAACGUGGCGGGGUGACCACUUUUUUGUUGUUUGAAUCCCAGAUUGCCCCUUUAAGAGCUCUGUGACCAAUGCUGCAAUGCUGUUUCCCACUAAUACACUAGAUUACAGUUGCGUUACUUGUCUUUUUCGAGUUGAGGUCAACCCUCACUUACGCCCUAGAGAGCCAAUUCAGUCCCUGUGGCAGAGUCAGAAGUGGCAAAGUCUCCUAGAGGGGAAACAUUGAGGACUCUCGCUUGUUCCUCUCAGAGCGUAAAGCUAUUUUUAAAAAUGUAUUUCUAGGGCUAUUUUUGGUGAUACAAAUGGGCAGAUUAGCGGCCCUUUUGACAUGAUGAUCACUGGCAAUUAGACUGGAAUCAAUCCAGACAAAAUUCAUUAACAGUUUUGCUGUGACAAAUUAUUUCUUUGAGGUAUUAUUAUGUAUUAUAAAACGGGUAGUUUGGAUCCUGGAUGCUUAUUGGUUGAUAGUUGUUAGGCAUUUUCCGUGGAUAACUGUCAACAGUUCCAUAUGAAUACACUUGGAAAGUGUACUGAAGACACCUUGCAGUUUUGAUACGUACUUCGUAGUGAAGGUGUGUUUAAUGUAUCAGUUGGGGUGUUUUUGUCGACUAAAUUUACACAAAGUUUUCUUUCAAAUCUUAUGGAUGAGAUAGUAUCAAAACUAAUUGACCUUUUCUUGGAAGGAUGAAAGGUUACUAUUCAACUGUAUCUGUCAUUUCACUGUUUAGGACUGGCUAUAGGGAUACACUCGUUCUAUAGGGAGUGUGUGUGUGUGUGUGUGUGCGUGCGUCCACGUUUUGUAGAACAAUGAGCAAUGGAAAGUGUGAAGUGCAGGUGGAGAAGAUAUGUCACUGCUGCAGGAUAGGAGUUCUCUCAAUGCUUUUAGAGAGAGUGACUGUUUUACUAAGAGAAUGUCAAUUUGGCACUGCCUCAAAGGAGUGACUGCGAGCAUUGGUGCGUUGGUAGGGUCCUUGUCUGACAUUUGUUUUAAAGGAAGUCUCUUUGUUUUUCACUCAACCGUAGUAAAAGGGGGUAAAUCAAACAUUUGACUAAUUUCCUGGGGAAACAAGAUAAGAGGGCAGAUUCGAGCAGGUCAUGUUAUUGACAGAUUUCAAUCUCUUUGAAUCUGUGAAUCACUCUUUGAGUGGGUUGAAUGAUUCGCAGUAAAGGCAUUGUACUUACAAUGGCUCCUCUUAGGGGAUGGCUCUUUCUGACAGUAAUGCUCGGUACAUGUUUUUCUCACCAAUGUUUUUAACCAGUCUCUACAGUACACUUUUGUGACUCUGAAAAUGAUGUUUCUAAAGAUCCUACAGUCUUUCAGUUUCAACAUGUUGAUGUUGAUGUUGCUGGUGAUAAUUCUAGGAUAUUACAUCUGUCAUUUGGUGUUACAGUGAGGGAAAAAAGUAUUUGAUCCCCAGCUGAUUUUGUACGUUUGCCCACUGACAAAGACAUGAUCAGUCUAUAAUUUUAAUGGUAGGUUUAUUUGAACAGAGAGAGACAGAAUAACAACAACAAAAUCCAGAAAGAUGCAUGUCAAAAAUGUUAUAAAUUGAUUUGCAUUUUAAUGAGGGAAAUAAGUAUUUGACCCCUCUGCAAAACAUGACUUAGUACUUGGUGGCAAAACCCUUGUUGGCAAUCACAGAGGUCAGACAUUUCUUGUAGUUGGCCACCAGGUUUACACACAUCUCAGGAGGGAUUUUGUCCCACUCCUCUUUGCAGAUCUUCUCCAAGUCAUUAAGGUUUCGAGGCUGACGUUUGGCAACUCAAACCUUCAGCUCCCUCCGCAGAUUUUCUAUGGGAUUAAGGUCUGGAGACUGGCUAGGCCACUCCAGGACCUUAAUGUGCUUCUUCUUGAGCCACUCCUUUGUUGCCUUGGCCGUGUGUUUUGGGUCAUUGUCAUGCUGGAAUACCCAUCCACAACCCAUUUUCAAUGCCCUGGCUGAGGGAAGGAGGUUCUCACCCAAGAUUUGACGGUACAUGGCCCCGUCCAUCGUCCCUUUGAUGCGGUGAAGUUGUCCUGUCCCCUUAGCAGAAAAACACCCCCAAAACAUAAUGUUUCCACCUCCAUGUUUGACGGUGAGGAUGGUGUUCUUGGGGUCAUAGGCAGCAUUCCUCCUCCUCCAAACACGGCGAGUUGAGUUGAUGCCAAAGAGCUCCAUUUUGGUCUCGUCUGACCACAACACUUUCACCAAGUUCUCCUCUGAAUCAUUCAGAUGUUCAUUGGCAAACUUCAGACGGGCCCGUAUAUGUGCUUUCUUGAGCAGGGGGACCUUGCGGGCGCUGCAGGAUUUCAGUCCUUCACGGCGUAGUGUGUUACCAAUUGUUUUCUUGGUGACUAUGGUCCCAGCUGCCUUGGGAUCAUUGACAAGAUCCUCCCGUGUAGUUCUGGGCUGAUUCCUCACUGUUCUCAUGAUCAUUGCAACUCCACGAGGUGAGAUCUUGCAUGGAGCCCCAGGCCAAGGGAGAUUGACAGGUCUUUUGUAUUUCUUCCAUUUGCGAAUAAUCGCACCAACUGUUGUCAUUUUCUCACCAAGCUGCUUGGCGAUGGUCUUGUAGCCCAUUCCAGCCUUGUGUAGGUCUACAAUCAUGUCCCUGACAUCUUUGGAGAGCUCUUUGGUCUUGGCCAUGGUGGAGAGUUUGGAAUCUGAUUGAUUGAUUGCUUCUGUGGACAGGUGUCUUUUAUACAGGUAACAAGCGGAGAUUAGGAGCACUCCCUUUAAGAGUGGGAGCCAGAAAUCUUUGUGAUUGAGAGGGGGUCAAAUACUUAUUUCCCUCAUUAAAAUGCAAAUCAAUUCAUAACAGUUUUGACAUGCGUUUUUCUGGAUAUUUUUGUUGUUAUUCUGUCUCUCACUGUUCAAAUAAACCUACCAUUAAAAUUAUAGACUGAUCAUUUCUUUGUCAGUGGGCAAAUGUACAAAAUCAGCAGGGGAUCAAAUACUUUUUUCCCUCACUGUAGGAUCAAAGUCCAUUCUGAAAGUACAUACAAAGUAGGUUGCUAUGACCCAUACGCAGGACCUGUGCAUUGUAUGUUCUUUCUCCUGACUCGUCUUCUAUGGUGCUGAAGUAAACGCCUAUCUGAGAUCAAUCAUAUUUCUUUGCAUUUAAUUAUAUAUACAGCUUUGACACAGCCAAUGACUGUACUGUAUGUUCUCUCUCCUAUAGCUGCUCUUCUUUAUGGUGGUGAAGACGUUAUAUACGCUGGGCCACAGUUUGUCUUUGAUCGCCCUCACAACUGGGAGCGCCAUCCUCUGUCUAUUCAGGUGAGAGUUAGGGUGAGUCCCAAAUGACACCCUAUUUCCUAUAUAGUGGUCAAAAGUAGUGCACUAUAUACUGUAGGAAAUAAGGUGCUAUUUGGGUAACAAUCUUAGUCACGCACUGUAGAGAGAAGCAGCAGGGUGUUGUCACACACCAGAGAUCCUCUGAUAAAUAAUUUCUUUCACCCACUCUAUAGAAAACUCCAUUGCACGCGGAACUACAUUCACCUCAACCUUUUCUUUUCCUUCAUCCUGAGAGCGGUGGCAGUUCUUGUGAAGGACGACAUCCUCUUCUCUCGCAAUCAGUGCUCUGAGCAGCCUUCACUGGUGAGUCAGGUUGUUUAUCAGCCUGUAUACCUCUGGUUCUUAUAGUUAAUUGACAAUUCCGACUGAUAUGUAUUUGUAUGUAUUGGUAUUGAUGUAUUUGUAUAGAUUUGCUAUGAAACUUCUUUGAGAUUGUGGUACAGAAUUCAGUUUCCAUUGGACACAUUUUGGUUCUUGCACCUUCAGUUCACUCUGAUUGUGUUGGUAUACUUUAGAAAUAAGUGGUUUCCACAUCUUUGUCUAUCAGAAUAAGGACAUGGAAUUCAGUUUCCAUAUAGACACACACGUUGGUUAUUUUUGUUGAGUGUCCUGUAGUUUCUCUUUGUAUAGCAGCACAAGUGAUGUACUACAAUGUUGUCCCAGAUUGGAUGCAAGGCGAGCCUGGUGAUUUUUCAAUACUUUAUCAUGGCCAACUUCUUCUGGUUGCUGGUCGAGGGCCUUUACCUCCAUACGCUCCUGAUAGUCAUCUUCUCUGAAAAUAGACACUUCAUCGUUUAUCUUCUCAUCGGCUGGGGUAAGCUACUCAUUAAUAUAUAUGCAAUGUAUCAACAACAGUGAGGAACAUGCAGUACAUCCAAUCCAUUCAUGCUAUCAUGUCCUCCCGAGUGGCGCAGUGGUCUAAGGCUAGCUGUGCCACUAGAGAUCCUGGUUCGAAUCCAGGCUCUGUCGUAGCCGGCCGUGACCGGGAGACCCAUGGGGCGGCGCACAAUUGGCCCAGCGUCGUCCAGUGUAGGGGAGGGAAUGGCCGGCAGGGAUGUAGCUCAGUUGGUAGAGCAUGGCAUUUGCAACGCCAGGGUUGUGGGUUCGAUUCCAGUAUGAAAAAAAAAAAAUUUGAUGUAUGCACUCACUAACUGUAAGUCGCUCUGGAUAAGAGCGUCUGCUAAAAUGUCUAUCAGAUUGUAUUCGGUGAAUUCUCCUCUGUAUUUCAGGAAUCCCAACCGUGUUUGUUUCUGCAUGGGCUAUUACAAGGGUUUAUUUUGAGGAUACUGGGUAAGUCACCUUGGAAAGCAUAAAUGUACAUGGUUGGUAGGGUGGUGGAUUCUUUUCAUGUGUGAUUGCCAGACAGGGCCGGGGGCGGGGCAUUACUGAAAAUUAGGGCAUUUCAUAACUCUAAAUUCAUAACAUACCAACUGCCUCUGUAGCCAAAAUGUCAACAUUUAUAGGCCUAUUUAUUUUCUGGUUUCAACACACUCAUCAAACAUUGUAAGCAAGCCAGUGACUCCUAGGCCUAGAGACAACCAGAGAACGAAUGAUGAUGUAGGCUAAAUAUGCUAGCUAGUUAGCAAUGGCGUCGGAAAAAACUAGGUUUUACUUGAUUUGAGUUUGUUCUGAUGCUGACAUCUGCCUCUCACUAACAAGCAGUCAAAUUGCCCCAUUCUUUGCCCCUAACAGAGACUCAUGACAGAUCCAACUCAAAAUAGCCUCCUGGUACAAUGUCUCCCUGCCCGGCGCCCGCAGCCAGUGGCCACUGCAUGCAAGUCAGAUGACUGCGCUCUUGGGGAGGGGGUCUUUUCUGAGAUUCAAGAGCUUAUGAAAUGACCUAGUUUUAUGCACAAUUUGUUACAUUUAAAAUUAAGAAAACAAUUCUAAAAGAGAUCCGAGUGGUACAGCGGUCUAAGGCACUACAGCCUGGGGCUGUGACCGGGAACCCCAAAGGGCGGUGCACAAUUUGUCCAGCACCGUCCGGGUUAGGGGAGGGUUUGACCAGCGGUGCUUUCCUUGACUCAUCGCGCUCUAGCGACUCCUUGUGGCGGGCCGGGCGCCUGCAAGCUGAUUUUGGUCAGUCGGACGGUGUUUCCUCAAACACAUUGGUGCGGCUGACUUCAGGGUUAAGCGAGCAGUGUGUUAAGAAGCAGCACGGCUUGGUGGGUCAUGUUUCACGUCUUGACCUUCGCCUCUCCCGAGCCCAUUGGGGAGUUGCAGCAAGGUCAUAUGGGGAAUAAUAAUAAAUAAUUAAAUAAAAAUAUCGACGAGCUGUGCGGGCACUUUUUCAUAAGAGGGCAAAAGGGCAGGUGUUUGGGCACUGGUUGAACCCUAUCUGUGCAUGUGCCUGUUGCCAGACUUAAUGUAGAUGUGCUGUUUGUCUUGGAUUGUGUGAAAUAAUUUGGUUGUGAUUAUAAAGUUAAUGAAGCGUUGGCAACCUUUGUAAUUUUAAUGUAUUGCUCAAAUCAGUUUAAACCAGUUCAAAGUGCUGUGCAUAGGUUAGUAAGGCCAGGGAUGCAUGGCACGUGUUUACUAACAUCUUCAUAUGGGUAUCAUUUCCUAUUCCUUCAGAUGCUGGGAACAGAAUGAUAACCCAAUCCCCAAGUGGGUGAUCAAUGUACCCAUAGGCUUCUCCAUCAUGGUGGGUAUCUAUCAUUUAUCCUUCUCUAUUGCUGCUAAUUUAAUUCCCUUUACCACAUGCAGGAUCAAACCCUUGCUACAUCCCAAGCAUUAACUAAACAGAAUGUGUCCAGGAGAUAAGUAAAUGCCACACAGAGAAUAUUCAGAUCUGUCAUGUUAGGUAGCUAACACAUAAUGGGGAGCUGAUAGGAUUGUAACGGCAAGAGCAUGUUAAACGUAGUUGCUCUGCAUGCGUGUGAAUUUAUGCUGUGCUUGGAUAUAGUUCAAGGUUGAACUAGCUUUAUUGAACUGUCUGUCUAAACAUUGCAUUUUACAACAGGUGAUUUAUAUGGAAUGAUGUACUGUUGUCUUAUCUGACUGCAUAACACAGCCCUUAAUGUAUACCAACGCUGGUUAUAGCUGAGUUAAUUGCCCUUAAAUUGGUUGACUGCAUUUCUUUUUAACUAAAUAUACAACAUAUGUCAAUAUAUAUUGACUGGGUUUCCAGGUGAACUUCAUCCUGUUCAUCAGUAUUAUAAGGAUUCUGGUUCAGAAGCUGAGAUGUCCUGAUGUGGGUGGCAACGACCAGUCACAAUACAGGUAUGUGUUGUUGUGCUCAGUCAGUCACUGAACAGGGAGGCCUAUGUGUUACUGCACUCAGGCAACAGACCAUGAAUACUCAAUAAUGGAGUGUCAACAUUCCUGAAUGGAGAAAUUAAGUGCUCAAAUGUUGCAGUAUGCCUUUGUGUGUCACUCUGACAUAUGGUAUUUUAGUUGACUUCUCAAGCCAAAGACAUAGAUAUGCAGCCAUGAAGGUGUUCUAUUGUGCAAACUGUACACUGUAGAGUGACAAUAUAGAUUUGUGCUAAGCUAUAGAGGUGGUCAGCACAGCACAUAUUUGCCUUCAGGGAGAAAUAUUCCCAUCUCGUCAGCGAGGGGAUUUAAGGGCUAAGAGGCGGCUGGUGAUGCUAAGACUGGAUGAGCUAGUGUCUACUGCUACAGGAUAGUCUACCUUGGUUGGCACUUGGCAGUCAGGGCCCCUUCACGAUUUAGAAUGUAUCUCAAAUGACACCCUAUUCCCUUCAUAGUGCACAACUUUUAGUGCCCAUAGGGCUCUGGUCAAAAGUAGUGCACUAUUGGUUAAAAGGGUACGCAGCCUUUACUCUCACUUCACUGCAGCACAGACAACAUAGAGCCCUCAAAAGGCUCGGACUGCAUGUGCGGGUCUUGGAUGUGGGUACGCAGACCCACGAGCCACUGUGGCCCCUCGUGAUUAGUUUAGAUAUUUUGUGGGCCCCACCCCCAUCAAAAUGGCCCAUCCCUGCUCUAUAUGCUCCCUAUAAUUUAAUGGGUAAACACCAACAUUUCGCCACAACGUUUUGUGGACGUAUUAACAACAAUUAUUAUUAAAUUAUAUGCUGAGUAUACAAAACAUGCUCUUUCCAUGACAUGGACUGACCAGGUGAAUCCAGGUGAAAGCUAUGAUCCCUUAUUGAUGUCACUUGUUAAAUCCACUUAAAUCAGUGUAGAUGAAGGGGAGGAGACAGGUUAAAGAAGGAUUUUUAAGCCUUGAGACAAUUUAGACGAGGAUUGUGUAUGUGUGCCAUUCAGAGGGUGAAUGGGUAAGACAAAAUAUUUAAGUGCCUUUGAACAGUGUAUAGUAGGUGCUAGGUGCACCGGUUUGUGCCAAGAACUGCAACGCUGCUGGGUUUUCACGCUCAACAGUUUCCCAUGUGUAUCAAGAAUGGUCCACCACCCAAAGGACAUCCAGCCAACUUGGGAAGUAUUGGAUUCAACAUUGGCCAGCAUCCCUUUGGAAUGCUUUCGAUACCUUGUAGAGUCCAUGACCCAACUAAUUGAGGCUGUUCUGAGGGCAAAAGGGGGGUAGGGGGGUAGGGGGGGGGGUGCAACUCAAUAUUAGGAAGGUGUUCCUAAUGUUUGCUAUACUUAGUGUAUAUGAUUGUAUAACAGUGUAGUCUCUAGGUCCCCUCCAUAGAGUGUCUCUGUAAUAUUGUGUGUGUGGUUUCAGGAGGUUGGCCAAAUCUACUCUCCUGCUGAUCCCUCUGUUUGGCAUCCAUUACGUUGUCUUUGUGUCUCUCAAUGAAUCCAUGGAAAAUUACAAAAUCUUCUUUGACCUCGCUAUCGGAUCCUUUCAGGUAAAACUGAUCCCUUUUGGAUAUUUUAAUCUAUCACGAUAUAUUCUGGCUAUUUUUGGUGCAGUUUUCUCAUUUUGGUGACUUUCUGUUGACAGGGCCUGGUGGUUGCCAUCCUGUACUGUUUCUUAAACAGUGAGGUAAGCUCUCGCCUUGAUUGCUCUUAAUUGCAUUUUAUUCUGGAAUUAAUAGGUUGUCUUGGGCACUGAUGGCUCAGUUAAAAAGAUGUACAACAGUGUAAAUGAUUAGUGUUGACAGUGUUGAACCAGUGUUGACAGUGUCUUCCUUGGCACAAAUUAGGAUAGAUGAGAAGCAACGUGCAGGCUUUUAUAAAAGCUGUUGUGUACAUCAUUGUAAUUGACCUCAAACUCAACCUCGACAAGACGGAACUACUUUAUUGAAAAAAAAUUUACUUGACAGUGAUAUGUGGUUGUCCCACCUAGCUAUCUUAAGAUGAAUGCACUAACUGUAAGUCGCUCUAGAUAAGAGCGUUGGCUAAAUUACUAUAAUGUAAAAGUAUAUAAUGUUUAAAGGUAUUUUGUUAGCAGUUAAUACAAAUGUACAUUUUAAUUCUCGUUGUCUGCUUUAUUUUCAUUGUAGUAAAAUGAUGAGUACAGCAUUUUAUUUAAAGAUUAUAUAAGCAAUGUAGUGACAGAUGUGGGCUAGUUUUCCAUCUGUGCUAAAAUAUUUACCUUGCUACUUCAGGUUCAAGGGGAACUCAAGAGAAAAUGGCAGAGUAUAUGCCUCAACUGCCAUAUGGCCAGAAACUACACCCAGCACAACACCUACGCCUCCAGAAACGGCUCAGAGAACAUGGCUCAGUUCCAACGUAAUUCUCGUGCUCAGUCCUUCCUGCAGACAGAGACCACUGUACUGUGAGGGCUGCGGGUAAAAAGGGAUCUGUCUCCAUUAAAACGCUAUGGAACUCUGGUUAUGGUUGUACCACGGUAUUGGCAGAACAAUUGCCACAAUGGCACUCUAGGAUCUUCUAAUGAGUUUGUCAAAAAAAACGUGUACCCCGAUACAGGGUUUGAAAAAAAAAAACGUUUUUGUGCCCGCAAUUUAUGGCAGAUGGCGUAACAGGCUAUUUUUGAACAGAAAUGAAUAAAUUGGGCUAUACUGCAGUAAUGUCAAUAUUUGUAAUAAUUGGUUAGUUUAAGUAAACAUUUCAUUACUGGAUGCCAGGGAGAAGUGCUCUGCAUGGCUCUUAUACAUCUUUAUCUCUCUCCUUCUCUCUCCCUCUUCCUGUAGUAAAACGGAUUUCACACUGUGGUUAACGACCAGAGACUAUAUGCUGCGCGUACGGUCCCACGGCCACUAGGGGGUUCCCAACCCAAAAACAAAAAAAAUGUAGGAACUCAGUCGGGGUCUCAACUUACUGUUGAGAGUUACAAAGUAGAAUACACAAGGUGCAAUUUAGAAAUAUGGUAGUGCAUUGCAGUUUGCCACUUGUCAUGUCAG